AAUGGAAAAGUUAAAAAUAAACUAUUUUAAACUUAUUCAAGUAACACAUCCUCUACCAUCGCCAAAAGAAAAGUUUACCCUAAAUACCCUGCAUCGUCAAGAGUCUAUUCAGUUGGAAUGUUCUAGGAAAUGUUUAAUUUGUAUGCAAUUGGCAUACUUUGCUUUUUCCAAGACAACUUGUUACUGUUACGGUGAUGAACAUCUUAAAUUGACUUUUUUUAAACCAAAAAAUAUCAUCAGUAAAGACACAGCCUUCUUUUUGGCUAUAAGGGAUCGGCCCACAUCGAACGAUAAAUCAACUGUUUUAGAUUUGAAUUUUAAAGAGCUUACUAAGGGUAGUACGAUCGACAAUGGACAGAUAAUAAAAGAUAAAAGCUCGUAUAGUAAUAACGGUAAAGUUGUAUGUAAACAAGAAAAUACUGCUCUAGAAGCUGGCGUUGGUUCUAUUGCAUUCUCUUUAUCAAACUUAGUACAAAAGAAUAAUUGCUAUUUAGAAGUUCAACCUAAAUCGUCAAUACUUACAUUAGUAAAUAGUGACUUUUCAGUUGAAAUAUGGUAUAAUCCUACGGAUAAUAAUUUUGGAGGUUAUCUUAUGGUCUUAGAAGAUUAUUUUGGCAUAAGGAAUGGGAAUUUGAAAACACUUGGGGAAGAGAAUGGUCCAUUUUUUUAUUUUAAAAAUCAGUGCGGCACUUUUUAUCCUUUAGAUAAACGUCCACAAGAUUAUAAUAAUAAGGUUCAUCAUUAUCUGGCGACUUUUGAUGCGUCUAACAAAGUUCUCACACAAUAUUUAGACUCGAGACAAGUUAGUCGAAAUGAAGUGUGCAACGAAGGAGAAAUUGAAAGAUCUACUUCGGGUCUCUUUCUAGGCACAUCUGAAAACAUCAAGUCCCAAAGAGACUAUAGAGGACAAAUCUACUCGUUACGGCUACUGAAAAGAGUAAUUCAAGAGGAUGAGGUGAAAAGGUUAAGUAAUUUAUAUCCAAACCAAAUUGACAUUAGGCCAGAAAAGAUAGCUCUGAAGGAAACUUUACCGGAAACUGACGAACAACCUAAUGAACAAAUCGCGAGUUGA